AUGGACAAGAUCUCACGUAAGCAGCGACAGAUUGAAAGAAAAGUUGAAAAUUUAAAACGCUUCGGAGCUGAAGAGGAAAAAUACAAGUCUUCUCCCCAUAUUCGCCCCGUUACCAAAACAACAUUGAAAACAUCCACAAAUGGGAUCAGUAGCAGUGAGAACAGUACUAGUUCAAGUAGUAAAACGAGCAGUAAAAUCGAUGAAAGUUUAAAAAAGACUGAGAACGGAAGUAGUGCAAAUAGCAAACCUGAGGGGAGCUUGAAAAAUACUGAAGAAGGCAAAGCUUCAGAAACUACCAAGCCAAAAACAAAAAUAAUUAAGAAGAAAAUUGUUAAAAAACCGGCAACAACAGCUUCUAAUGGAACAACAACCCCUAAUAAAAUUCAAGAAAAAAGUGAACUGACUAAAGCAACAACUUCAAAUCCUAAACAAACUGAUAAUAAUGAUAAUAAAGUCGAAAAUGUUCCUCGUACUUAUCAGAUAGUGAUCACUUUGAGUGAUUAUUUGGGAGAUGAGGAAGAGGGGGAUGAAGACGAACCUUUUGGUUUGGAUGAGGGACAGUGUGUUGAGGUGCUGAAUAAUGCUAAUCCAGAUGCUUGGCUGGUUAGAACAAAGACCAAGCCUCCUUCUAUCGGCUUCGUUCCUGGAUCUUAUUUUACAUCCCCUACCAAAUAUUAUGCCUUACAACGAGAAGGGUGUAGCGUAGCUAAAUUGUUGAAGACUGAAGAAGAAUUUAUUGAAGAAUUAAAAUUAGCCUUGGAUUAUUAUGGUAAAGGGUUGGAAGAUAAUGAAGGAGGUGAAGAAUCUGGUGUUCCUCAAACUGUAAAAGAGAGAAGCAAGGAAUUGCUUGUUUCAAACUUGGAGUCUCUACAUGAUUUUCAUUCAAAGUGA